GCCGAGCAACAGACACACACACGCGCAUGCGCAUUCCAUUGUUUUGACUGAAAAUGCCGUCGGUUUCGAAAACGGCGGCCAAUGCUUCUCCUCAAACCGAGAAACCUACCCACUAUACUUACUUGAAGGAGUUCAGGACAGAGCAGUGCCCGUUGUUCCUCCAGCACAAGUGCACGCAGCACAGACCCUUUACCUGUUUUCAUUGGCAUUUUCUCAACCAGCGUCGGCGACGACCGAUAAGAAGAAGAGACGGAACUUUCAACUACAGCCCCGAUGUUUAUUGCACGAAAUACGACGAGACUACAGGCAUUUGCCCAGAUGGAGACGACUGUCCUUACUUACACCGGACCACUGGUGAUACAGAGCGCAAGUACCAUCUACGCUAUUACAAGACUGGCACUUGUAUCCAUGAGACAGAUGCUCGAGGGCACUGUGUGAAGAAUGGCCUGCACUGUGCUUUUGCUCAUGGGCCACAUGAUCUGCGACCCCCAGUCUAUGAUAUCAGAGAGAUCCAAGCACAAGAAGCCCUCCAGAAUGGACAGCUGGGAUCUGGUGAAGGUAUUCCUGAUCUGCAGCCUGGUGUGCUGGCCAGUCAGGCCAUGAUAGAGAAGACUCUGACCGAGGACCCCCGAUGGCAAGAUACCAAUUUUGUUUUAGCCAACUACAAAACGGAUCAGUGCACGAAGCCCCCACGACUAUGCAGACAGGGGUACGCAUGCCCCCACUACCAUAACAGUAGAGACCGGAGACGGAAUCCCCGAAAAUUCAAGUACAGGUCAACUCCAUGUCCGAAUGUGAAACAUGGGGAUGAAUGGGGCGAGCCCUCCAAGUGUGAUGGCGGAGACAGUUGCCAGUAUUGUCACUCUCGCACUGAACAGCAGUUUCACCCAGAGAUCUACAAAUCCACCAAAUGCAAUGACAUGAGGCAAACUGGAUACUGUCCCAGAGGACCGUUCUGUGCAUUUGCACAUGUAGAAAGAAUUCCCUCCACCGAGGAGGCCAUGAGCUCUUUGCUGACAGCGAUACAGUCAGGCUCCCAGUCCCAGCUGGGCUCCCAGCAGUAUUCAGAGUGCCCGGUCAGUGACUGGAACAGUGGGGGAAACUCCACUACCAGUGCAACGAGUAGCAACGGCCAAGUAGGAAGCGUUUCAUGUUCUAGUAGCCCAACUGUAACGCCAAGCUCAGGAAGCAACAGUUUGUUAUCCCCAGUGGGAUCCAUCAGCAGGCCCACUUCCUUAACUAAUGGUAGUUUAUGUUCAGAGUCCACCACAUCCAGUGUCUCAUCUCUGACGACUAACUAUCCUAAAGCUCCGGGCUAUGAACGUGAGGAUCAGAUUAAGAAUAAGGGACAAGUGGAUCAAAAAAUGAUGGACCAAGACAAACAGACACAAAAUACUGUAUUCUCUGUGGUGAACCCUUUGGCAUCAAGCAUUACCUCCAGUAUAACAUCAAGCUUGGCCUCUAGUAUUGGCUCAGAUAGUUCUUCACCUACCACCUUAUCAACUAUGAAUGCAAAAGCCACCCCUUUCUAUCCAGGGAGCAAUACAGUAGAGUCUGUAAUAGGAUCAGCUCUUGAUCUGAACUUUAGGGACAUAAAUGUUGCUUCUCUUGAUAAGGAGUUAGAAGAACAAGACAGCAGUGCGGGAUUGGCAAGUCAAAGGGUGCUGGCUGGAUCUGCCCCGGUUAACAUUCCUGGCUCUCUCGCCCGAUCCUCCUCGUUUAAUUCCUCCUCAUCACUCUCCACCUCCCCUCUCAGCUCCCUCUCCCAGUCCCUGUCCCAGUCCCUGCUGUCUGGGAUGGUUUCACAGCCAAAUCAACCUUCAGCCAUGUUGGCUAAGCAAGAGCAUGGUAUCCUGGGAACACCUACCUCCUCUUCCCAGAACUCUCUGGGCUUGAAUGGAGGAGCUAGCAACAUAUGGGACUUUGUAAGUGGCAGCUUUUCACCUAGUCCAUCUCCAGUUUUCAGCAGUGUAACAUCCGCAACCAGUAGUGCUGAUCUGACUCGCCUUUUUCGAGAGCUGGAUGAAGCUAAGAGGAAGAUCAAACAGUGGGAGGAGGCCUGGCACCAGGUCAAGCAAGCUUGUGAAGCUUGCCAGAAAGAUGCUCAUGAAGCAAAGGAACAAGCAAAAUCAGCUGAGGCAGAGCGGCAGCUGGCAGAACAGAAGUGGGAAGAGACAGAGCGCAAGCUGAAAGAGCUCCAAGGGGACUUUGACGUGCUUUGUCGCACUCCUGGAACACCUCUUCUACGCAGCUACGGAGAGCUGGACCAGCUCCCCUUGUCAAAGCUUCACUCCAUCCAGAGUCAGCUGCGUAGUGACCUAGACCUUAUAGACGGGGUAAUAUAUCAGCUUCAGUCAAAGAAAUGUAUAGUUUGCCAAAAGCAUGAUCGUUGCAUUGUUCUGCAGCCUUGCCAACAUUAUGUACUAUGUGAGAACUGUGCACCUAGUAAAACAGAAUGUCCCUACUGUAGAACAAAAAUAUUGAAGUGGUGAUGUACAAUUAUUCAAGGUACUAUUUAAAGAAUUAGCCCUUUGAAAAACUACUAAUACAUAUUAUGCUUACAUUUUCUAAAUAGCAUUUUGUGUUGCAUAUAGUGAUUGAAUUAAUAAUUUAAUUAGAGUUAAAUAAAUGAUGUUUGACUGAUGAAACAAGACCUAUCAUGGAUUAGAUUGGGUAAACGGGAUUCAGUCACUUUAGUUUUUGCUCAUUAUAAUGUUUGCAAUCUGCUAAGAUCACCCUUUGGAAAAGCUAUGUAUCUACAGUUAAGUAUAUCAUAUAACAUUACAGUGCACUUCAAACCACCAUACUGUCCUGAAUUGUAUCUAAAUUCCAAAAUAUUCAGAUUUAGAGACUAUGCAGAACAUGCAUCUGGUAUCCAGAUAUAAAUUAUCAAUUUCUUUUACGAUCUGUUUUAAAGUCAUCUCAGCAGACCACACAGAAUGCAACUCAGCUUUCCCCAAACAGUCAAAAUGUAGAUAUGUGUUGCCAGCUUGGCAGAUUUCUCUUGCAGUAAAUGCAGAAUUUCUGAUUAUGUUUUAGAUUCAGUUAUCCAGUCUCCACUGAGAUUGUAACACUACAAUUUUUCUUUGAAUCAAACUUUGCUGAUGAGCGUACCGCUGCUCCUCAAUUUUUGAUUGCUGAUAAAUGAGCCGUUCUUCUAUGGCAACUACAGAUUUUUUGUAAGUAAUUGCAAAAAGGACUAAUAGCGAAUGUGUCUAGCACAGUUGAAUGUACUCUGACAGAAAUAACUGAUUGGAGUUUGUGUUUCGGUCCACAUGUUUUGUGUGUGGACUCGAAACACUCCACAUUCAGUUUUGAAAGUGUGACUAGAAGCAUCUUUAAUCAUCUCCUGAGAUCGUGGUUGGAUCACUGUCUUCAGUACAAUCACCCAGUGAUUCUGACUGAGCCCACUACAAAAUGUCAAAACAAGUGUUUGAAAACUGAAGCAAACUCAGUGUGCCCUUGGAGCAUGUUUUAAGGCUUUUCUGUCCAAAUUUCAGCUCUUUUCACUUGUUAUACACAGAUGAAUGCCUAGCACAUUAUGGAUGCUGCUGUCCUGGCUAAAAGCUUUUUUGUGUGUUAUCACAUCACAGAUUUUAUACUUCGAGAUGGAAAAUUUUUCGUGUACAGUCUGCUUAAAACAAAUUAUUUUUGCUGCAAUGGUUAUAGUUUUAAAUAUAUUUGGACCUUGUCUUUAUCUGUCACGUGUUGUCAGUCUUUGUAUCAUUUGCUCAGUUUGAGAAUGGAGAAAGGUUGUCAAACAAAUUGGCCAUUAAUUCAAAAAAUAACUAGUAUCACAUCUUUGAUCUCCGUGUAAAGGGGCAAUGUAAGAAAUUUCUCCCUUGGCAAUUAGUAGAUUACCACAAUAUAAAUAACAAAAAAAAUAUAGACCAAGCCAUCAUUGACCGGUUUAGUGCCGCUGAUGGUUCUCAUUCCACAUCAGUACCUCAAGCACUGUGCAAAAUAAAGACACAGUAGCUAUCAGAGAUUACUGCAAGUAAACAGUCAAUUAUCCACAAAUUUCACCACAAAUGAGUCCAGUGGUGAUGUGAAACAUAAAAUGGGCAAAAAUAAAAUGUGAUUGUUCUUUAUUUAAAGAGGAAUACCUUUUGAACUCUGUCAUUGAUCUGGGUUAUGACAGACCAAUCAGUAUUUGUAAACAAAUUGUUGGUGCUAGAAACCAGAUCCAAGCAGCUGAUUUGUGACAGAGCUGCUCCAUUUCACUCACAUGAAUAUUUGUCCAAAUGCUCACGUGCAAAUGAGCUAAUGAACGGUCAGUAGUGCGGACCAAAUAACCCAGGAAAUGGCAAUGGCAUCUGAAUGCGGAAAACUAUUCCUCUUUAAGUAAAGCCCCAUUUACCAAAAAAAAAAAAAAAAAAAAAUCUUUAUAAAUGCCAUGGUUACUUAUUUUUCUUUUUAAGCAUACAGUCAAGCAUCAGUUAUGACCAACGUUCUGAAGAAGUUUGAUUUCUUAUUAAAGCACUUUGUUGACCUGGGACUUUGUUAAAGGGUAUAUAGAAAUUUGCUUUAAGCUGCUUUGUAGUUUUUUUUUUUGUUUUGUUUUUUCUUUUUAGAUUUAUACAUUUUCUCUAUAUAAGCUAAUGUCUGAAGCUUUUGUGUGUACUGUGAAACAUAAUUUGAAUAUUUCAUGUUUCUUAUUGUUAAAUCAUGGUAUGGUUCUAUAUAUUAGUUAGCUUUCAUAGAAAAGUACUUAAUAGUUUCUACUUUCAUAGUUAAAUUUAUAAAAUUUCAAUCAAAUAAGUGCAAAUUUAAAAUGCAUUUUAGGCAUAACCAGCAGCUGUAAUAUCAGUAAGGCACAUGCUAAAUGUUAAGGCAGUUAUUCAAUCAGUAAGUUUUGUCUUUAGAGAUUUAUAUAGCCUAGCCGUUAGAGGAGCAUGUAUUGUAUUUGCUAAAGCCUGAAAUGGUGAAUUUUGUAGGAAUCUAGCCUCUUGACCUUGUCUAGAACAUAUCGGCCUCACACUCUCAAGUGCCUUGCCUUAGAUGAAAAGCUGUGUGUAGGAUUGUCAGAGCAAACACGAGUCAGCUUGUGCACAAGUUUCUGCAGAACGCGUUUUAGUUUAAGUUUGCAGAAGCAGUCACAUACUGUAUGUGUAUAUGUAUGCCAUACUGUAUUUUGGCCCAAUCCUGUUAAAAGUAUUUCUGCGGAUGAUAAUUGUAUGAAAACAAAUAUUGUCAGUGCCUGUGUCCUGACUUAAACCCUAAAAAUCGAAACCCCUCCACCACCCACCCAUUCCUUGGCCGUGGUGCUCUUUUGGUGCAGCUUCAGUCUUUUGAAAUUACGUUUUUCAAUUUAACAUUUGGGAGUAUGCAAAUGUAGGACACAUUGUAUGGAUUUGUAUAGCAACAACAGAAAGGCUUUUUUCUUUUUAAACAGUUCAGUGAUUUUAGUUUUAUUGUAAUUCAUAAUUCUACAGCGAAUGAAGAAUUCAGUGGUUAACAUGUAAGUUGGAUUUUCAAUUGCGACAGUGUAUUGUGCUUAGGUUACUCUAAUUGAAAUGACCUUCUACUGUGUUUAAGAAAAAAAAAAGAAUUUUCUUUGUACUCUUGCUUUAAGUUCAAUAGAAAACCACAUCUUUCCAGGUACACCUUUUGCUACUUACAAAUAUGGGAAAAUGCAUUGUUUACAUUCACAUAAAUGGCAAUUAAGUGACUCAGAGGAAAAAAAAAUAUCUUCAAGAAAGAUUAUGGUAUUUAGCUUCUUCGUGUUUAUCUUACGGCAUCAAAGGCAGGCUAAACACUUCUGGUAUUGCAUGUGUUAUAUUAUGCGAUAUGUUAACCAGCUUAAAAGAAAACAACAAAAAAAAAUAUCAUUUCGCACUGUCACACUGCCAGAAUAUUUGUAUUGACUUAUUUUUAGUGUACUAAAGGCUCAUUAACUUCACUUCUGCAAGCUUUGCUGCUACUGGAAAAGGUAUUAAUGUAGUUUCUUGUAAUACAUUUAGAUGUUUGAAUGUUGUGCAUACACAGCUCAGAUUUCAGAAACAGUUGAAUAUUUAGUCUUUACAUCUAACUCAACUAAACCUUAUUUGAUUGAAUUAUUUUGUAAAUCUGUUUGAGUCCGGUUUUGGUACUUUUGUAAAUCGCUCAGAAUGAUGUCACAGACCUGUACUGCUGUAGAAUGUCCAGUUUUUUAGUUGGUUGAAGGUAAAUGUGUUUUUGUUGCAUCCCCCCUCCCCCGAAAUGCAGCGUAUGGCACAGGUGAAUAGUUCCCUCUUAACUUCUCAUAUGACAGGGUCUUUUGGUCCUUUUUUUUUUGCCUGUGAAGCCAACUAAAUUUAUGAUGUCUAGUGUGAAAUCCUAAAACUGAACCAAAGUGGUGUUCUAGUAACAGUCCAAAUAUGUAUUCUAAAGCGGAAAUUUACCUUUCAACAGAAUUCACAUUAUUACAGAGAUUUUGGGCAGAUCACUAAAGAUUUUUAUGAGAGCCAAGACGACAACUAGCGGCAAAUCCAGGAGUUGCUGCAUUGAUGGUAAAUAGUAAACUGAUUUCUUUUCACAGUACUCUGAUUUAAAGCUAAUUUAAAAUGUAGAAGCUCCAACAUAUAAAUUCACAAAACGCAUUCUCAGAUUAAUUGUCGGUGGAGCAACUCUGUUUUUUGUUUCUGUAAGAUAUCACAUAAAAAAAGUCUUACAUCAUGAAUUCUGUUCCUGGGUGCAUUUUUGCUUUAAUAUUUCAUUUGAUAGGACAUGAUAUUCUCUUAGCGAGUUAAUGACAGAACUAUGCCAAUGGCUUUUGCUUAAAAUAUUAAUGGACUUAAAGCCCAUUUUGCAGUUUUACCAAAGACCUGUAACAUUAUUUCUUUUGUAUUACAUUUCAUCAUUCAUUUAUUUCAUCAAGACACCUAAUUUGACAAAAAAUAAAAAAUAUAAAAAAAACACCUAGUACCUUAAAUAGACAUGUUCAUUAACAAUAAUUAAUGGCAUCUUUUCUAACUUUAGUUAGCUCUAGUGAGUUGCUACACAAAUGAUCAAAAAUGCAUGGGUCGAAUCCUUACUGAAUAGGUGUAUUUGUAUAUUUGAUUUUGCAUUAAGUAUACAUUGACGUUUAUGGCAGAUUUGUGCAAUAUUGGCUAGCACAUGCUGACCUUAAGGAUUCAUUGUCAAGUUGAAUUGACUGUUUUCUACAGUGAAGGAACAUCAGAGGAGAAUGACAUUUGUACUUCUGAAGUGGCCAUAUAAACUUCACUAUAGUUCUAUUUUUCUUUUUUCAUGUUGAUUUUACUUAACUACAUAAUCUCAAUCAUUUUGGAAUAUUGAUGGUUGUGCACUAUAUGCUGUCAAGGUAGGCCUACAAUGACUGUAAGGUGCUUUCUUUCCAUUUGACUUUGUUUGCUCAGUGGUUUUACUCUGAUGGAAUUUCUAUUUCUUAAAGUAAUGGUCAAAAUUAGUUUGUUUUUGUGUAAAAUUUACAAGGGACAAAUGAUGAUUGUGAUGAGCAUCAAUGGCAGAUACAGACAUAUUGAAACAGAGUUACCUGUUAUGGUAAUUUUUUGCUGGCCCCUCACAGUCUCUCGUGGUUUACUUGCCCUAAUCCAAGUCUUCUAAUGAGUAAUUGGAUGGACUUCCACUUUGUAAGCACAGCUUACAUUUCUUUCUUACAUUUGUUAAAUUUAUCUCUAUAAUGGACCAAUUACAUUUCCAAGUACAUCUGUGCCUUUAUGAGAAAAAAAAAAGUUACAUAAUUUUCAUUGGUAUCAAGGGAAUAUUGCUCUCAGACUGUGUUUACUGUUCAGUCUACAAAUGACAAAAUAAAACAAAUUCUGAUCUUAAUUAGAAUCAAAAUGCCAGUGCCUUAGACCAUAUUUGUGGACCAUAAAGUGUUCUAGAAAUGUUGUAAAAUGAUCCUCCACAUUCAGGCCACCUGAGCUAAAAGGAGAAAGGCCAUUCAGAUGGGAUUGCUUUACCAGUUCCACAGGAUGAAGCAAAGCUUAUAACUGAUAAAAGACCUAUCUCAGUCUGUAUUUGCCAUACCAUUAAAGAAAACACAGCAAUACCUACCAUAUUAUCAACUAAACAGUUUCUUCUGAUCUCAAUUUGUCUUUUAUUGGCACCAAAAAAACAAAAAAAAAAACAAUUAUUUGUAAAGAAAAGCACCAAAUAGGAAGACCUGUAAAUGAACUGUAAUAGAUGUAUCAUUAUGCUCUGCAUUGGGAUAGUUUAAUCUAUUUUGCAUUGUUAGUUGUUGUGUUGUCUUUUGUUUUUAAUAUUAUGAAAAUGGAGCCUGAAGAUUUAUGCAAUCUUGUACAUGUAUAUGAGUAUGAUGUAUGAACUGUUCAAAUUUAGUAAAAAUACUAGUACAACAAGUGUUGUAAAAAAAAAAAUAAAAUAAUCUGAAUGUGGAACCAGCUGUUCCAUAUACCGUAGAUAAUUUCAGUAGAGAUGUUAUUUUAACAUUGAAGCCCUGAAAUAUUGAAUGUAUUGUUCUAAAUUAGAUAUUCAAUGAAUAGGUCACUGGAAUAUUAUGGAGAGCAGUUAAUUCAUUAUGAUGUAGCAUCUAGUUGUGAAUUGCUAUUCAAUAAAAUUUAUAAGAACUAAAACAUGCAAGUUUUCAAGUUUCUGUAUGCAUCAGCAUAACAAGGAAAAGGUUAAGGAAGGAAAUGUAUUUUUCUCAGGGUAAUGCAAUGAUUUAAUAGAGAACAUGUUAAAUCUGAGGAAACUGCAUUUCAGAUUUAUUUACCUUGAUGUCAGUGGGUUUAGACAUUUAUUUAUUAAUAAGAAAACAUGUCCCUUAUUUUGUGACAAGGUGUAUGGAUAUGUAGGAAACAUUAUCUCCUGAUAAUCAUAGAAAAUAUUGUUGGUAUGUUGAUGUUUCUGUGUUAUGAACACAAAACUAGCUGCAAGUCUCUUAGAAUACUAGAUUUUUUUUCUACAUUAAGAACUGUGUACUGCUUUCUGUAGUGUAUUACUAGUUUGUUAACACUUGUUAAAAUGUUACACUACAGUUAUGCAAUGGUUUACAGAAUUCACAAAAUUAUUUUUUAUCAUCUUGAGAAUUAAAACAAUUUUUCAUCUGA